GUUCCGACUUUUUAAGAUGGCUGUCGUCUGAACCGUAACUCUAAAGAGUUUGAUAGGUGUGAUUUAGGUCUCCGUGUUCAUGAUUCAGCGUAAGUGAUAAAAAUACUUCAUAUCGCGGCACUUUAAUAUUCUUACAUUUUUAUUUUAACUCGAAUUUUUAGAUCAUAUUUAGAAAUCAGUUCAAAUAUAAAAUGGCAGGAUCAGUCGAAAUUCCACUUCGUGAUACAGACGAGGUGAUAGAGCUUGAUUUGGAUCAACUGCCUGAAGGAGAUGAAGUUUUGGGAAUUUUACGGCAGGAACAAGCCCAACUCCACUUAUGGGUUACACUUGCUUUGGAAUAUUAUCGCCAAGGAAAAGUGGAAGAUUUUAUAAAGUUGCUUGAUAUUUCCAGAUCUGAUGCCAACUUAGAUUAUAGGGAUUUCGAACAUGACCAAAUGAAGGCAUUGGAUACUUUAGCAGCUUUUUAUGUUCAGCAGGCAAACAAAGAGAAAAACAAGGAUAAGAAAAGAGAGUUAUUUACUAAAGCUACUCUUUUAUAUACUACUGCUGACAAAAUUAUAAUGUAUGAUCAAAAUCACCUCUUGGGUCGAGCUUACUUUUGUAUGUUGGAAGGAGAUAAGAUGGAUCAAGCUGAUGCUCAGUUUAAUUUUGUUCUCAAUCAGUCCCCAAACAACAUCCCCUCUUUACUUGGUAAAGCCUGUAUAGCUUUCAACAAAAAAGAUUUUAGAGGAGCUCUAGCUUUUUAUAAAAAAGCACUUCGCACAAGCCCAAAAUGUCCUGCAGCAGUUAGAUUAGGAAUGGGACAUUGCUUUUAUAAACUUGGAAAACAUGAAAAGGCAAAACUUGCUUUUGAACGAGCUUUGCAACUGGAUCCACAGUGUGUUGGUGCUUUAGUGGGUUUAGCAGUUCUUGAGCUGAAUUUAAAAUCUUCAGAAUCAAUUCGUAAUGGGGUACAGAUGCUUUCCAAAGCUUAUAGAAUUGAUUCUACAAACCCAAUGGUUCUCAAUCAUUUAGCCAACCAUUUUUUUUUUAAGAAAGAUUAUGGAAAGGUGCAGCAUCUAGCUCUUCAUGCUUUUCAUAACACUGAAAAUGAAGCAAUGCGUGCAGAGAGCUGUUAUCAGCUAGCUCGAGCAUUUCACAUACAGCAAGAUUAUGAUCAAGCUUUCCAAUAUUAUUACCAGGCUACUCAGUUUGCUUCACCAUCAUUUGUGUUACCACAUUUUGGCCUAGGUCAGAUGUACAUUUAUAGAGGAGAUACUGAAAAUGCAGCACAGUGUUUUGAAAAAGUAUUGAAAGCUCAGCCAGGAAAUUAUGAAACUAUAAAGAUACUGGGAUCUCUGUAUGCUCAUUCUAAUAGUCAGUCUAAAAGAGAUCAGGCAAAAUCUCAUUUAAAAAAAGUAACUGAGCAAUUUCCAGAUGAUGUAGAAGCAUGGAUUGAACUUGCUCAAAUUCUUGAACAGUUAGAUAUUCAAGGAGCACUGUCUGCUUAUGGCACAGCUACACGAAUUUUGAAUGAAAAAGUUCAAGCUGAUGUUCCUCCAGAAAUAUUAAACAAUGUAGGAGCACUUCAUUUUCGCUUAGGUAAUUUGCAGGAGGCUAAGAAAUAUUAUGAGGCAUCACUAGAACGUUCCCGUAAUGAAGCACAGCAUGAUGAACAUUAUUAUAGUGCAAUUUCUGUCACAACCAAUUACAAUCUUGCUCGCUUAUUUGAGGCUCUAAGUCAGUUUCACAAAGCUGAAAGACUAUACAAAAAUAUUUUAAGAGAGCAUCCUAAUUAUGUUGACUGCUAUCUCCGACUAGGAUGCAUGGCAAGAGAUAGGGGUCAGAUUUAUGAAGCUUCUGAUUGGUUUAAAGAAGCUUUGCAAGUUAAUCAAGACCAUCCUGAUGCAUGGUCAUUAAUUGGUAAUCUUCAUCUUGCAAAACAAGAGUGGGGCCCUGGGCAAAAAAAAUUUGAGCGUAUUUUAAAACAGGAUGUAACAGCAAAUGAUACAUACUCUCUUGUUGCUUUAGGAAAUGUUUGGUUGCAGACACUGCACCAACCUACAAGAGAUAAAGAAAAAGAAAAGAGACAUCAGGAUCGAGCAAUUGCCAUUUACAAACAAGUACUUCGCAUAGAUCCCAAAAAUAUUUGGGCAGCCAAUGGCAUAGGAGCAGUUCUUGCACAUAAGGGGUACAUUACUGAAGCGAGAGAUGUCUUUGCACAGGUUCGUGAGGCUACUGCUGAUUUUUGUGAUGUUUGGCUGAACAUAUCUCAUGUUUAUGUUGAACAGCGUCAAUAUGUUGCAGCCAUUCAGAUGUAUGAAAAUUGUUUGAAGAAGUUUUUCAAGUAUCAUAAUGGAGAAAUUUUGAUGUAUUUAGGAAGAGCUUACUUUAGAUGUGGAAAAUUGCGAGAAUGUAAACAAGUACUUUUGAGAGCUAGACGUGUUGCCCCACAGGAUACUGUUCUGUUGUAUAAUAUUGCCUUGGUGUUACAGCGUCUUGCAACACAUGUUUUAAAAGAUGAAAAAAGUAAUCUUAAAACUGUUUUGAAUGCUGUCCAUGAACUUGGGCUUGCUCACAGAUAUUUUCAGUACCUUAGUGUUCAUGGUGAUCGUAUGAAAUAUGAUCUUGCUCAAGCUAAUGCUGAAGCUAGACAGUGUCAGGACCUCUUAAGCCAAGCACAGUAUCAUGUAGCAAGAGCCCGUCGUUUGGAUGAAGAAGAGCAAGAACUUCGCCGUAAACAGGAAGAAGAAAGAGAAAUUUUAAGACAGAAAAUUUUAGAGGAGAAACGUAUUGCUGAUGAAGAAAAACAACGUCAAGAACAGGAGUUAAUCCAAAAAAGACAAGAGUUUGUUGAGAAGAGCAAGAAUAAGCUGGUAUUUGAUGAAAUUUCAGAAGAAAAGACACAUAAAAGAGGCCGUGGAAGGAAAACUCAAGAUGAUUACAUUUAUGAUGGAUCCAGUAGUGGUGAAGGAGGAGAGCCUAAAAAGAAAAAAAAGAGGCCUGUCAGUGGAUCUGAAGGAGUUGAAGGUGCUGAUGGAGAAAAGAAAAGGAAGAAAAAGAUCCAUCGUAAAAGAAGUGGAAGACCACAAGAUGAUAGUGAAGAUGAAGAAACAUCUCAGAAAGACCGCAAACGUAGGAAACCUUCUAAACGUCAAGAAAGCAAGAAGUCCAAGAAAGUACUGGAUGAUGGCUUGACAGCAAAACAACGAAGUCGAAUUGUUUCUAAAGCAACAAUUUCAUCAAGUGAUGAUUCUGACAGUGAUGACAAAAGGAAAAAUAAAGAUCAAGGAGGUAGUGCCAGUAAUGAAGAUGUAAGAAAUAACAGUAAAAAAGAUAUAUCGUCCAACAGUGAAAGUGGUUCUGAUAGUGAUAUAAAAAAAACUAAAAAGAAAAUAGCUUCUGAUUCUGAUAAUGGUUCUGAAAAGGAAAAAAAGCACAAGAGACGUAAAGUGGUUUCUUCUGAGUCUGAUGAAGAGAAAUCAGAAAGGUCAAACAAAACUGAUGAUGAUAAGGACAGGAAAUCUUCUGAGAAUGAAUCUGAUGCAGAAAGAUCAGAAAAAGGUUACAGUGCUUCAGAUAAACACCAGUCAGAUGAUGACGAUGGUGCCUCUGUUAAACGAGGCACAGAUGAUGAUGCUUCUGAUAAACAUGGUUCAGCUGAUGAAGAUAGUGGUUCAGUCAAGUCAGCAAAAGAGCAGAAUUAUUCAGAGAAUUCUGAUGAGGAACAACGUGUCCAUGAGCAAUCUGAAAAAGAGGAAAAUGACUCAGAACAUUCUGAAAAAGAAGACAAUGCCUCUGCAUCUGAAGAAUCUGGAAAAGGAAAUGCCUCGGAGCAUUCAGAUCAAGAGGAGAAUGCCACAGACAGAUCUGAGAAACAUAAUUCAGAUGACGAAUCAAGAAAGGGGGAUGAUGCUGAAUCUGGCAGUGAAGGAAGGUCACCACAAAACAGCCCUGUUGAAUCUGAAGAGAAUGCCCAAAAUAACUCCAGUGAUAGUGACUGAUUUUUAACUUUGUGACAGGCUGAAAAAUAAGAAACCAGACUUAAUCUUCAGGAAGGUGACUGUUCAUUACUGUUGCAAACAUACAAACUUAAGACAUUUCUUACAAUUUGUGUCAUCUCUCAUGUAUGAGCACCUGGAUUUUUGCUGUACAGUCCUAUGAAGCUGCUUGGAAAGUAAAUAUUUAUCUAUAUAUUAAUAAUGAUAAAUUGGUAGUAACUGUAUAUUCUGGUUUCUAUUUUACUAUUUUCUGAAUAUUGGCAGAUGUUGCAAGAUAAAAGGUACAUUGGCGUGUAAGCAUUCAUGUGUUUUAAAUUUGAAAGUUACCUACAAUGAUUUUUAUUUUAUUCUUUCAGGACAGGACUUACCACUUUUUUCUGUUUUUAGAAAAAUAUUCUUUGUUUAUAAAAAUAUUAUAAAAUGCUAUAAUUAUUUUUACUGAGAUAGUUACUAUAGGAAGAAAUGUUUUCUGAUGCAUGAAGUCUGAAUUUCUUAUCUGUUAGAAAUGAAUUAUUACUAAUUAUACAUAAUAAGAAAACACUCACAAAUGUUUUUUUGGAAAUAUUGGCAUUAAAUUAAAAAAAUGAUUUUUGAAUAGAUGAGAUUGAAUGUGAGAAUGUGACAUACAUAUGGACAAAAAGGAACCAUUUGUUCAUUCCUUUCUGUUCUUGAACACCCACCCUUGAGAAAGGUAAAAAUUUAAAUUCAAAAUCCUUUAUUUUCCAGGAAAUUAUGAGUUCCCCUCUUAAAUUCCUUUAAAAUGCUGACAUGACUACUAAUUACAGUAAUGCCUUCACUUUGUAGAGAAAAAUUGUCUUAACUGGAGCCUAACUUGUCUUUUUUGAAAUCUUGUACUUGUGUUCUCUUUGUCUUGUUAUUUUCAGAGUAUAGCAAAAUGAAAUGAGAGACCUUUAUCCUAGUGAUCCCCUGAAUAAUCUUUUAAACUUCAAUAAGAUCAUCUUUUACUCUUCUUUUCUACAAAUAAAAUAAUAAUAUCUUAACCUGUAAGAUAACUUUCCCAUCUACACAAUCUUCCUCAUAGCCCAUCUCUGAAUUAUUUCCAAUAAGUCAAUAUUCUUAGACAAGGAGACCAACAGCAUACACAGUAUUCCAAAUGAAGCCUAAUUAGUGAUUUGCAUAAAGAAGGAAUAACCUCUUUUGACUUAUCAUAAAAAUGUCAAUAAAUUCACUAAAAUUCUGUUAGCUUUACUGCUAGUAACAGAGCACUGCUUUGAUGGCUUGAAUGACUUUAUCCAUCUCUCUGCCAAGGGCAUUUGAAUUUAAAGAUAGAUUACUGGAUUAAAUCUUGUAAAUUUUAAUACUGAUAGAAGUUCUAGCUAUUUAGGCAGUAUUCAAAAUUUUAUCUUUUUUUCUGUAUGUUUGACUGAUAGUUUAAUGUUGAAUCUUAUUCAGUUGAGGUGGUUUCUGAUGCUCCUGUAGUUUCUUUGUUUCAAUUAAAAUUAAAUAAUGAGCAUUUUGAUGUUAAAUAUGGGAAGUAGUAUAGCUGUCAUUAAAAGUUCUGUUGAAGUUUAGAUUUAUUUAGGUAUUUUUUAAAUGUUUAAUAAAAGAAAAAUAGCUUAUUGUGUGCUUAAAAAUAAAUUAUAGAUAUCAGAGGAAGUGUUUCUGCAUUGUGCUUUGUUUAAGGAAGGCAUUCCUAGGUUCAAUAAUACUUUUUAAUGCCAAAUUAAUAUUUUAAUAACAAAAGAUAGGAACUGUUUUUUGUUGCACUAUUAUCUCUACUGAAGUUAUUUGAGGAAACACUUUUGUACGUUUCAUAAAAAAUGUACUUGUUUUAAUAAGUAAAAAUAUAUAUGAAUAGGAAAAUAGUAGUUUUAUUAAAUGUAAACUUGCUGCUUAAUUUUUCUAUUUUCUUCGUAAUUGUUUUUUCAACCUGACAGGACAAGUCAGUAUUUAACAUUCAAAAUGGGAAAGACAAGUAAAAAUUAUAUUAGGGGAAUUAAAUAGUAAUAAAAGUAUGUUGCUAGAGGUUGUCAGAAAUGCUAAUGUGUUGAACUCAAGUUUUAAUAAUGUUCUAAAUUGAUUGUUAUAUAAAUUGUGUGAGAAUUUUCAUUGGUUAACAAAUUGUAAUUAUGAUUUAAUUUUCUAUUGUUUUGAAAGUGAUUAUGCUUCUCUGUUUUUUAUGAUAUUGGUUGAUCCAGAAUGCCACUUAAUCCUGUUAAUGUGAUCUAAAACUGUUAUAGACUGAGAUAAAGUAGUAACUGUUUUAACACUGUAAUACAGUAAACAUAAAACUUGUACACUUCGUGAAACUGAUAUAUCAGGUACUACACAGCUUCACUCAAUAAUAAUAAUAAUACAGAAAAAAUUAUCCAUAAUUGUUUUUACAAGUUUCUUGAAAAGUUUCAAUCUUCUUUAUGUUAAAAUAGCUCAUUCUGCACUUUUUAUGCUAUAAUUUGAAAACACAGGUUAUAGUAAUAUUGACAUUAGAAAUCAAUAAUUCAUUCUGUACUUUGUAUGCUAUAAUUUGAAAACACAGGUUAUAGUAAUAUUGACAUUAGAAAUCAAUAAUUCAUUCUUUACUUUGUAUGCUAUAAUUUGAAAACACAGGUUAUAGUAAUAUUGACAUUAUAAAUCAAUAAUUCAUUCUGUACUUUGUAUGCUAUAAUUUGAAAACACAGGUUAUAGUAAUAUUAACAUUAUAAAUCAAUAAUUCAUUCUGUACUUUGUAUGCUAUAAUUUGAAAACACAGGUUAUAGUAGUAUUGACAUUAUAAAUCAAUAAUUCAUUUUGUACUUUGUAUGCUAUAAUUUGAAAACACAGGUUAUAGUAAUAUUGACAUUAUAAAUCAAUAAUUCAUUCUGUACUUUGUAUGCUAUAAUUUGAAAACACGGGUUAUAGUAAUAUUGACAUUAGAAAUCAAUAAUUGCAUGUCAUUAUAGUUGAUGAAUAUCAUACUCACUGUUCUUAGAAUUUUUAACUUAAUUCAUUUUAAGUUCCUCGUAAACAGAUAACAUGAUGUGUUGAAUCUGUAAAUGAAUUAUUCAUUGUAGAUUUUAGUUAAGAUUUGCUGCAAAGGAAAUUGGUGUAAACACACAUGUUUAAAAUAUAAACAACAUGUUUAAGCAUUAAUUUAGACUACUCCUAUAUUUGUGUGGAAGUGUCUUUUUGAGUUGAUAACAUCUUGAAGAAAAAUAUAACUUGCUGUGUUGAGAAUCUUGGAGCCUGUAUACACGUUCUUUUCAUAAUGCAAUUGUACAUAUAAAUAAGUGAAUUUAAUAGAAAAUAAAGCAUGUUCUGCAAUUUUCAAAUUUUAAAUUGUUUUCCCAGUAAGUUGUUUGUAUAAUCAAUAUUUUUGUGU